AUUGAACGCGAGCAGCAAGGUGCUGCGUUAAAGGCAGACCCAACUCCGGAGGUGUGUCGAUGACAAAUCUGACAACAUAAAUCUUCCCGAACAGAUGACAUUCCACGUCAAGUGAAUUAGGCCUGGAUUUCGGCCCUGGUCAGAUUCUUCAAUUUUGCUGGGCUCAAACAUGGCUCUGUCAUCCCUAUUAGUCUUGGCAGCAACAGCGAUUCUUAUCAGACCGGAAACACUCGUAACCAAGGCUCUACAUUUCAACUCACUUGAAUGCUGCAGUGAGAAGCUGAAGACAAAUAACUCGUGUUCAAACGACACACGCUGCAAACCAGGAUGCUUCUUGCGUGUCCUCGAGAGCAGCAACACUGUUUGCAUAUUGUGUGACCCUGGCGCCGUAGAGUCGGAAAACGCAACAACCUGCACCUACAACUACACAAUCGACAGGAGAAACCACACAACAGUCACAAAUGUAAUGCCUAAAAUUGGUGGUGCAGGCGUGGCCGCCUCGCUUCUUUUUGGAACGCUGUUGAUCAGCCUGUUCUUGAUACUCUCUGUCGCCUCCUUCUUCUACCUCAAACGCUCACAUCGACUCCCAAAUAUAUUCUACCGCCGCAACAAGGCUUUUAUAUUCCCACCAAGCGAAACGGCUGUCAUGAUUCCUCAUUCGACAGCGAGAAAACAACGAUACGUCAGAAGGGAGCGUCCCUCCGCGAAAUCAAGUAGCACCAUCACACCCACCGCAUCCACCACGAGGGUCUACAGUGCGUAGGAGAAGUGAGCCAAGGAACCAUGUGGGGGUUUGACACCCAAAGAUGUUUUGAUUUCUUGGAAGCCAAUUUGCAGUUUUUAUUCAAUGUUACCUCGAACAUCUUAAAUUCCAGCUCAUGCUAUUUUUUUAAUUUAUGAACAAGCUCAUUUAAUGUAAUGUAUUCCUUCAAAGAGAAGCAGCUACCGUCUCAAACAACUUCCAUUUCAAUCAUCAUUCUAUCGCUCGCAUUCUUAGUAAUUGCGACAUCGUGCGACAUUCACGUUACACUAAUCGCUUUCACGUGCCGCAAACGAGGCCUCUCCCUCGACACAUCCGAGCAACGAAUCGGGUCCGUGUGUAUGCCAUCGAUUUGAGGGCUCACGUGCAGUGAGCCAGUGACCUAGUUGGCCGAUAGCAUCAUAACAGCCGAGUGGGCUGUUCUUUAAUUGUGUGCAUCGUUUGCAUUGCUCUACUGUACUUUGCCAACUAAGAACGUGCGAGUGACAUUUUUCUAUUUAGUUGUCUAUAAUCAGCCAAAGUGAAUGUAUUUCCCUGCUGCAAGGCAGAAAUCACAGAUAUGUGUGCAAGUACCGCUGCAGUGCAAAAUUAUUUGAACCACGAUCUAAUUUUGAACUAAGGUUAUCUUUUAGCAGGAAAUUAGCAGAGAAAGUGGCAUAAAUGUAUAUUUUGACAUUUUAACAAAUAGAUACACUUACUAUUUUUAAAGUGUUCGUUUUGCCUCUUUCACGUGUGAUUGUGCUAUUUAAAAGAUACACAUUCAACAAUGGCUAAGCGCAAACUAGGCUUUGGCUUGAAUAAUUCUGGGUUUAACUGGUGCAAAUUAUGAAGAAAUCUUGUUAACUCAGGGUUCUUUUUUGACCGAAAGAGGAAAAACACCAAUUUAGAAUGAAGAAAACGGUAAAUGCAGAGUAACAAGAUGUUACUGCACUUUUGUAUGAAAAUGCCAUUUUUAAUUUUUUUAUUUAUUUUUUUUAAACCAGAGAUGCUCAGGAGAAGGUGUUGCUAGCUUUUUAAUGAAAUUUUAUUGUCGAACAUACUCUUCAAUAUCAACUACUGUAUCUACGUGUUUGCCAAUCGGAACAAAUCCAAUGUAAUGAUGCCUGUGCCAUAAGGAGUUUUAAAUGUUGGAUUCAUAGUUCACACGUAAGCUAGUGGCCUUUUACAGUAUGCACCACUCUCAAAAUGAGGCCCCUCACUAAGUUUCAUUUGCGACAGUUUUGAGUUUCACGACUGUGCACUUGAGAUUUGAACAAGCGCAUGUGGCGAGUGAAUAUUUCUAAACAAAAGCGAUUACGUGACUUUCUAUGUUGCCUCAUGCGUUUGAGAUUUGUCAGCGCAAUAAAUGUUUUUAUACGAAAUGAUCUACUGUUUGAUAACGGUGUACUUGUGAUGAAGAUGGCGAUGAGGUGAAUGUUUGCGGGAAAUAAAGCACCUUCCAGUAAA